AUGCCUUCUGUUCCCAAAAUUGGCAAAGGUCAGCCCAGGGGGGCUCGUCUGUCUAGCCUGAAACGGGAACCAAGAAAUCCAAACCCCCGACCGAAGCGCCCCCUCCGCUUCCGAGACCGCCGCGACGCCAAGAUAGGGACCGAGAGCCCCGCCGCCGCGGCCGCCGCUUCCGGCGAGGGCGACGCCGGCAGGAAGCGGCCCAGCGGCGACGAUGCGCCCGCCGACAGCAAGCGCCGCCGCCCCGAGGCCGCCUCCUCCGGCUCCCGCGAUCGCAACCACCACCGGCACCACCACCAGAAGCCGCGCGAAGGGGACGGGGGAAAGGAGAAGAAGGAGAAGCUGCGGGCGUCGCACAUCCUGAUCAAGCACGAGGGGUCCCGGCGCAAGGCCUCGUGGCGGGACCCCGAGGGGGUCGCCAUCUCCGCCACCACCCGCGACGACGCCGCAGACCUCGCCCGCGCGCUCCGGGAGCAGAUCGCCGCCGGGGAGCUCAAGUUCGAGGUGGCCGCCACCGACAACUCCGACUGCAACUCUGCCAAGCGCGGCGGUGACCUCGGUCCAUUCGAGAGGGGCAAGAUGCAGAAGGCGUUUGAGAAAGCAGUUGUUGCUCUGAAAGUGGGGGAGAUGAGUGAUGUGGUUGAUACUGACAGUGGGGUGCAUAUCAUCUUGAGGACUGGCUGAGCGCGUCCGCGGAAGCUCGCUCUUGAAUUUGAAUGAGUUUUUUAUGUGGAGACAUUUUACUUCCGUUGUAACUCUUUGCCAGAGGCGUUGGAAUGUUGCUAAAAAAAACAAGCUAAUGCUAUCAGAUUGUUUGUACGGCAGGAUUAGACAAUGGUGGUGCGUGUGUUGCUUCUCCUUUUGUGUCUCGAGAAUGUUAACUUUUUUUUUUGAGAAAAAAUGUUGUGACCACAAGCAUCGAGUUGCAUCUUCUUUUGUGUU